AUGAACGCCGAAGUGGCGCGCAUCAGGCAGGAGGCGAACGAACAACGCGUCGACGUGGCCGAGCUCCCUGCGAAGUGUCGGGUCAUGUUGCCUGCCGACCAGGCUAGUGUCGCGAAGGUGCCGUGUGGCGACACGCACCGCCGCAACUUCGGAUGCCGUUUGACCGUCGGCAAGCACGACUACGGUCGCAUGCUCGUGGUCAAGAACCAGGACGGCGAGCCCAUCUGCGCCCCGUGCGCGUGCUGCAUUCGCGGUGUCAUCCGCAACCCUCCGCAGUAUUACGCCCUCCUACCCGAGGAGGAGCGUAAGCGCAUCGCCUCUGCACUGGUCAAAUCUCUUGAGGGAGUACCACGCGAAGCCAAGGCUGUCCUGGAUCAGCUGUACAAGAAUGCGUGGCAGCUUCACAAGGAUCGCCCCGUUCUUCUCCCUGUCCAGAUCGCCCUCCUCCGUCAAACCCGGACCGGAGGCGCGCUGUUCAGUGCCCAGUUCCGCCAGAUGCUCGACGCGCUCCGUGGUCCCGCAGACCUCGACCUCGACGACGAUGAUGAUGAGGAGUAA